AAGAACGUCGCUAAUCAUGAGAAGUUGAGAGAUUGAUGUUUUAUAUUCUACAUCCUAUGACAGAUUUUUGUUCUAGAGUUAUCCCAUACGUUUAUUGUAAGGCUAUAACGUUGCUGGGUCAAUUCCCAAUGACAGGUGGAUGCUUGCUCUGGCACAGAAAACCAUAGCAGGGGCAGAUCCUGAGCAGUCAUCUGCCGAUAGGCAGCAACUCCUGUCCCGACUCCUUGAUGCCGUAAAACAGUGCCAGGUGAGAUUUGGUGGCCGGGCAGAACUGGCUACAGAUGGGGACAGUCGUGUGUCCUGCCUCUGUGCCCAGUUUGAGUGUGUGUUACAACAUGGGCUGAGACAGACCAACAAAGCCUUUUCAGCUUUAAGACAAGUCACAGGCAUCAGUAAAGUCGCUGGUAUUACCAUAGACAAUGAGCCAUUGUUUUGGCAUUGUGUCAGGGAAUUUCUCAGCAAGCAUGAGUUGGAGAGGUACAUGGUGCUCAAGCAUGUUACGACUGACUCAGGAAGAGCCAGGGCCUGGUUGAGAUCAGCCCUCAAUGAACACUCACUGGAACGCUACAUGCACCUUAUGGUGAACGACACGGCGCUAGUGAGUCACUUCUAUGAAGACUGGGCAUUAGUGGCAGAUCAAGAAAGGAGCAGCAUGCUUCCUGUUAUGGCAGCAGGUCUUGGCUCAAUUCUGUUUGCAAUCAACAUCGAUAAUGAGGAUCUGAAUGGUAAUCAACAGCCCUUGCCACUCUCCUCCAUGGACAGACAACGCCCAGCUAUCUCACACCCACCCCCAUUUAGUCCUGAACCAAAGGCAGUCAUGGCAGUUGUACCUAGUGAUCCCAAGAAGGAAAGAAGAAAGAAGAAAAAGGUUCCAAAAAAAAUUGUGUCGUUUGAUGACGAUGACACCUCGUCAACUUCAGUCACAAGUUCUUCAGUGACGAGCCCUAGAUCGCUGUAUCAGACAUACGUCUUCUCUCCACCCACAACGCCUCCAGUGACGAGGGUUGGCAUGGUGACCAUUGAGCCAAACACACCUUCAGUGACCAGUGCACUCUGCAAUAGUCAACCGAACAUGUCUCUGGAACCCGCGCAUGCUCUCUCAAUUCGUGAUAAGCCAGGGCUUUCAUCACAUGCUUCAGACAGUAAUCUACUAGCGAGCAAUCCUACCACGGUCCUGCCGUCUCACCAGUCGGAUCCGAACCUGCACACGUUGGCCUCGCAAGAGGGCGUCCCCAGAAAACUGUCGCUGGCACUCACGAACAUUGCCUCGCCUCUCGCAGAUGCUGCGGCAGCACUGCAGUCUCCAGCCACUUCAGGAACAAUCGAACUGCAAACUGUGAUAAACGCAAUUGGCAUUCCGAAUGAUCCUGUCACCGAGCAUGUUGUAGCUGACGAGGUAGGGGCGCGCGACGAGGGUGACAGACUCGAGGGAGCCGCCGUUAUGGGUGAGAUGGCUGAUGCGACGGCGAGCACAGCUGCAGCAGCACACAUCGUCUGCAGCGAGCCUGCACAAAGCGAUCCGAGUUCUCACGACGCAGGCGUACGCCCUUCUCCCGAUGCUUCGCUUGGCGACGAGGAGCGACAACUUUCCACGGCCGACUUGGUGCCAGGCGUUGUUGCCAUUUCUUCCUCCACGCAGUCACUGCUCGUCGGCAGAGAAAUCGCAAUGACGAAGGAAACAAACGUGUCGGAUAGAUCGACACAAAGACACGCACAACACACGGGCGCAAAACAGCAGGCUACUAUCGUAAACAAGAGCCUAGAGCGGGUUGCGGCAUCUGCCGGUGUCAGUCCUGAGAAUAGACAAUCUGUGGAAGGUGUGCGAGUUAGCCCCUCCACCACGUGUACGCUGACCCCAGUUAAUGACAUGUCUGUGGGAGACCUCUAUCCUAUUCCGCCCGAUGAGUGCCAAUCUGAAACGGACUCGGUUGACAUUGCUUCCCUAGAUUUUGGGCAUGAUACUGCGCAGGCAGCCUAUGCUAUAUCGCUGGCCCAGCUGGGCCUCUCUGUUAGUAGUGACGCCGCUAGCUCCAGAGCAGAUGCUGUUCAUCCACCGUCGAUCUCCCAGGAAGCAAUGUCACCUGCUGAUUUAAGGCAGGCACUAGUAGCCAUGAUGCUACGCAAGGAGGAGGUGGAUGAGCAGAACAGAUCUAUACGCCACCUGCUAGAGGCUGAAAUGGAGACGGCCUCUGCACUCCGGGUAGAAAUUGAAGAGAUCAAACGCAAGUUCUUGGAGAAAGAGGAGAAAACAGAUGCUAAGAUUAAAGCACUUACCAGAGAGAACGAGUUGUUGAAGCAACAGUUGAAGAAGUAUGUUGGUGCAGUUCAGAUGCUGAAGAGGGAUGGUGCCAAGGCUAGUGAAGCAUUUAAGGAUCUAGUUGGGAACAUUGAGCCAGCUAUUCCUGAACCCAGACUGCAACGUGAUUACAGCACUGAGGCUCGCGAAUAUGAACAAAAGCUUAUACAGGUGGCAGAAAUGCAUGGAGAGUUGAUGGAGUUUAACGAACACUUGCACAAGCAGCUGCAGCAUAAGGAUUACCAGUUGCGUAGACUCAGGGAGGAGCUGGUUGACCUCAGGGGGCCUCUGGCAGAACCGCAGACAUCUGAUGAUGACCUGAGUAUCACGUCUGACUAUGAUUCCUCAUCCAUGACAGCGUCUGCUCGCGCGCUCAUCAACAUCUGGAUCCCGUCUGCUUUUCUGCGCGGCAAAGGUUCUGAUGCACAUCACGUUUACCAGGUUUACGUUCGCAUCCGAGACGAGGAAUGGAACAUUUAUCGACGUUAUGCUCAGUUUUAUGAGCUCCACUCCAAAGUGAAGAAGAUGUAUCAGUCAGUGAAUACUUUUGAUUUUCCACCGAAGAAAGCUCUGGGAAACAAGGAGGUGAAGUUUGUGGAGGAGCGGCGUAGGCGCCUGCAACACUACCUGAGAUGUCUAGUGAAUAUGGUGCUGCAGACCACAGCUGAGCUUGCAGCCAGCCCCAGCAAAGAGACUCUCACCAAUAUGUGGCCAUUUUUUGGUGAGCCAUUGGCACCAGCGCCGAAAACACGAGUAACCGCUAGCCGCAAGUUCAACAUAGGUCGUCAGCGUCCUGGGAACGGAGGCAGAGAGGCGGAGCACCAGCAAUCGCCACAGCAGCACUACACCGGACUAUGAGAGUGAAUUGCAGGCACUGACAGUCUAUUUAUCGGCGAGGGCAAUCGGGCAGUGUGCAUGUUGCUGUGCGUACAAUGCUAGGCAUGAACGAGAUUACAUUGGUUUAGAGUGGAGUUAUGCCAGUUUAUACCAGUGAACUACCAACUAAUUAUCGCCAAGCGCGCAGGUGCUGGAGAGGUGGUGAGAGAAUGUGGUGAAUCAAUGGGAGCAGAUAUAUAUGAACAGCUGAGAGCUAUCUGUGUUACAGGUGACUUGCUUCUGUAUAAAUGAGCAAACAUGUAACCCUCCCUUGUCCCUUGCUGUACAAAAUUAUGUGUAGCUGGCAAUGUAUGAUUUUAUAUGCGAGCAGAAUGGAAACAAAAUUUAAAUUUUGCACUAGUAUUUAAAAACUGGAAUGUGAAUGUAAUUUAAUCGGUUGAUCAGGUCUGCUACUUCAGUUACAUGUUUCUAUGGGUAUUUAUAGAAACGCAAGAUGAAAAUAUUCAAUAAGAAACAGACGUGGAUUUUAUUGUUCAAUGUAAGUUCUUAUUCUGGUGAUAUCUGACACUUUAAGCAGAACAUGAUGUUAUGGUGAAACCUGAAGAUAACACUCAACUUGUUAUAUCAUAAUCUUACCCAACGCCAUCAGUUGAAACUGACUGAGAGAAUAUCGAUUGGAAACGUGCAGGGAAAGGAAACCUAGCAAGGGUGUUGGGUACAAUAAUCCAGCGAGUUGUUUUGACGAGCGGUUCAUGUAACAGACACUAAACUGCGUUGAUGUUGUGAUAUGUGUCAACUGUAGUGUGUCGAUGUUGUAAAUAUAUAUUUCCACGAACCAUUGAAUCUCGUACUAAUUGAGUGAAAGAGUAAAUGAUUUAUUGUGAAAGUGUAUAGUAUAAUAUUAACGUUUUAUUCUCAUUUAUUAUAGAAUGACUACGCGUACGGUUACUGGUUACCGUAUGUCUCAGCUCAAAGUCUGGAAGUAGAGUCGUGCGUUGCGUGCGAGAUAGCGCAAUAAUCAUUGCGUACGUUUGGCCUGCCGACCAUAAAAUGUUGUUAAACGCUAGUAAAGAACUCUGGUGUGUUUUUCGUACAGGAAACAGGUACGGCAGCUAUAUUACGAGAGCCGAAGGCUAUGCUACAGCAUCUUCAUUGCGCAUGCGCGUCGGCGUUUGGGGAUCAUGUGGUUGUUGCAUAAGGUUCAUUCAUACACGAAAUACCACAGAGGAAAAAUUGUCUACAAUUGUUGGACAGUUUCAUAGAAAGAUUCCAGACGACCUAUAUAUCUGCCUUGUAAAUAAAUGAAUGGAAAGAAAAAUUGACUAAUUAUUAUAGCUCUACUUAUAUAGCUGACUGUGUAACGACGUGUUAACAGUAUCGGUUAUUUAUGCAUGUACGCAUUGUGAAGUUUCGCAUCAAAUGCAUGACUGUGCGUCUAGUGUGAGCUGAGGCGUAUGCUAACCGUACUGCACACUACCGUAUGGCAACGCGUAGUGACGACCUUUAUUAUAUCAGGAGUCUAUCAAUAUUGAUAGACUCCUGAUUAUAUCAGGAGUCUAUCAAUAUUGAUAGACUCCUGAUUAUAUGUGUAUUGUGUGGGUAAUGAAGAUUAACAGGAAGCUUAUUACUGUACAUGCAAAUUGAUUCGUACGCUUCGAGGCUGAUGCUUAUCUGAUUGCGUAGGAAAUUAAUUAUGAAUUGAUAUGUAAAAUGGUUGACGUUAAAAAUGAUCGGUAAUGUUAUAUGGUAGUGUCGCAGUAUUUUACGUUUUACUAUCCGUUCAUUGAAUAUAUGUUGAAUGUUUUAAUGAGCAACACUGGAAUAUUUAGUUCCCUUGUUAGGUUCGCACUAAUUAUAGGUUUCUCUUGUGGUCUCCGCUUAAUCUGGUCUCGGAUAAACGUGGACAUUGCUAGAACGACGUGUUUUUGAAAAAAAUCCUUAUACGCUUUACUAGGCCUAUAUGUUCACUGUUUAUUUGGGACCACCGCUUAAUCGGGACGUUCUCUUGGUUCGGACCCGAUCUAUCCCGAUAAAGCGGGGACCACAAUAUUGAUGACUCUUAUGUAAAAUCGUGAAAAUUGAAAGGAUGCAGGUUCCCCUCAUGGAUUUUUCGUCCAUUUAGAUACAUUCAGAUCGACAGGGUAUAAAAUAGUCACAGGGAUGUGAACCGUUGUAUCGCGUACAGGUGUUGUUCAACCAAAGACGCCGAAAAAGUGUUGUCAUCGUUUACAUAUAGGAUGUAAGUGCGGGAACGGGAGCGGGG